UGGCGCAUCGAGUGUCUGCUUCUAGUGGUCGUUGAAUUUAACACAGACGAUUUCUUCCCGAGGAUUCGUGUACAUUCAACGAAACGUAACAAUGUUCAUCUACCUUAGCAAGAAGAUUGCAAUUCCCAACCAAGUGAAUCUGCGUUGUAUUGCUUGGAACACAGAGGAUGGUCACAUCGCAGUUGGUGGAGAUGAUGGGCUUCUCAAGGUGCUGAAGCUGGAGACUCCUAAAGAGGGACUCGUCGCUACAUCCAGCUUAUUUAUGAAUCAAACUCUGGAGGGCCAUAAUGGCUCUGUUCAGUUGAUGGCGUGGAACGAGAAGCACCAGCGCCUCGCCACAGCAGACUCGUCGGGGCUGAUUAUUGUUUGGAUGUUACACAAAGGGACAUGGUUCGAGGAGAUGGUCAAUAACAGGAAUAAAAGUGUUGUUAGAGGAAUGGCUUGGUCGAGUGAUGGACAACGAAUAUGCAUUAUCUACGAUGAUGGGGCAAUUAUUGUUGGAUCAGUUGAUGGGAAUCGUCUUUGGGGAAAAGAACUUAAAGGGGUCUCUUUGCAACUUGCUGAGUGGUCUGCGGAUGGAAAAUAUCUUCUAUUUGGGCUACGGUCGGGCGAAAUACAUAUCUAUGACCAGGGUGGAAACUUUGUUUCAAAAAUGAGCAUAAUACAGCCGACGCCGAAUUCCAAUAUCGUUGCAAUAAAAUGGCACAAAAGGGGGCCAAGUGGCGAAAGACCCAGUGGGGGAGCUCUUGAGGUUGAUGUCCCUGCUCUCGCUAUCGCAAGUGACGAAGGUCACAUUCAGCUACUUAAAAAAGAAGUUGACCUCUCGCCGAUACUGAUUGAUUGCGAUAUGAUUAUAACGGGCUCUGAGUGGUCACCAUCAGGCAACAUGAUCGCUGUUAUUGGCAGGCUUCUUCAGACACGCGAACCUGACAAGAAAAAUAUUAUAAAAUUAUUUAGUAAUCAGGGCCAGUAUCUGCAUACGCUUGUUGUACCAGGGACGCAGAUUACAGGCUGCACCUGGGAAGGCAGUGGCUUACGCCUAGCCGUCAGCGUGGAUUCGUUCAUCUAUUUCGUAAACGUACGGCCUGAUUACAUGUGGUGUUAUUUUUCUGACUGUGUACUGUUUACGCAUUCAAAGCCAGACCGAGCGGAGCAAUGUUUCACACUCUGGGAUAUUAAAAAUAGACAGAAACAUAUCAAUUUUCGAAGGGGUGUACUGGCAAUAGCUUCGUCAAAGGGGCAUGCCGCCGUCGCAACACGGCAUCAGGCCGGAGUCCCAGAUCAGUUUAAUAUCGAAGUAUGGGACAAUAUAGGCGCUCUGGUAGACCAGGUCAUUAUCGAAAAUGAGCCAAUUCGUAUGGCGGUCUGCGGAGAUGUCGUAGCAAUUGCGUCACAUUGUGAUCUUUACGUGUGGCGAUUCCGAGACGUGAGGCAGCGUGCGGAAGGCGAGCCUAAUAAGUCUCAACAGACUCAGCAAAGCCAGAUCUCAAAGAUCUCGGGCGCUGAAGGUGAUUCGAAAUUUGCCCUGACAAAUGGCCAGGAAGAAAUCUGCUGCCUGGCGGCAGAAGGAGAGGCUCUUGUGGUGGCGCUCGAGUCAGGUCUAGUGAAACGCUACACACUACCCAACGUGUCGCUGUCACAUAAAUACAAUCUCCAAGUACGUCCGAAGAUGAUUGCCCUCAACUGCAACAACACUAUGAUGUCCGUUAUUGACAUGUCUGGAAAUCUGAGUUUGUAUGGGAUUGAAUCGGAUUCUAGCAAAGCUAAUCAGGUGGACUUCCACCGGAAAGACGUCUGGGAUGUACGAUGGGCCUGGGAUGAGCCUGAACUCUUCGCCUACAUGGAGAAAACUCGAUUAGUAAUAGUGCAUAGGCUUGAAACGGAAGAUGCAACAACCUGCGCAGGAUACCUUUGCGCCAUUGAGGAACUCCGUGUCAAAUGCGUUCUCCUUGAUGAGAUCCUAGCUGCACCGGAGCAAGCGCUCUCUGUUAGAAGCCACGUCGUUGUAGAAGAUACUUGCCUACUGAAACAGUUUAACGAGCUGCUUGAACAAGCCACUAUCGCUGAUGUCGUACAGUUUAUCGAAGAUAACGAUUCUAACAGCAUUCUCUGGCGCAAAAUGGCUAAGUUUCACAUGAUCUCGGGUGAUCUCGAUGCUGCGGAAAUGGCUCUGGUUCGGAUACGGGACUGGGAUGGAGUGCUGUUUUGCCGGCGAAUAGCAAAGCUCGCCAGUCGAGAGGUGCGUGAAGCUGAAGUACUGGCAUAUUUCGACCAAUUUGAUGAGGCCGAGCAGAUGUUCAUAGACAACGAUCGUAUAGAUCUGGCAAUAGAAAUGCAUGCCAUUAUAGGCAAUUGGGAACGCGUCAUAGAGCUAGCACUUACCUCGAACGAAAGUAAUGUCGCUUUGAUCGAGAAUGCGUACAAUAAUCUCGGUCAAAUGUGCAUUGAUAAUGGCGAGUGGGAAAAGGCUAUUCAUUGUUUCAAGAAGUCACAUAAUAAAGAUGGUUUAGCCACCGCCCAUUACAUGACUGAAGAUUUCGAUGAACUAUGGAAGGUAACGGAAGGGGCGUCCGAUAAGAAGCUCCUCUUUCGAAUCGGAGAGAUGUUCGAAUCAGUGGGCAUGUGUGAUGAGGCUGUUCAUUGUUUCGUUAAUAGUGACGCGCACACUCGUGCAAUGGAAGUUUGUAUCGAACUCAACGAAUGGAAAACUGCAAUAGAAUUAGCUCGAGACCAUGGCCAAGUGGCGGACGUAAGCGGGCUGCUUGCUAAGUACGCGAGACAAUUCAUUGAAAAGGACAAUAUUCUGUCUGCUGUUGAACUAUAUCGGCGAGCUGGCCGGUUUAGAGAGGCGGCUCGUCUUUUGAAUGAACUGGCGCGCUCUGACCGUGUCGGAGGAAGCGUUCUGAAAAAACAAAUUUAUGUUCUCGCGGCCAUGCUGGCUGAUCAGGGCAGAACUGGCAGGAACAGGCCCGGAUUUGAAGGAGCUACGCAGUCUUUGACCGUCGUUGGAGAGGACAACCUUUGGAGAUACGCUCAGGCAUAUCAUUUCUUAGCCCUGGCACAAAGGCAAUUUUAUCGUGAGAAAUAUGAGCAGGCAUUGACUACGGCCUUACAUCUGAAAGAGUACGAUGAUAUUCUUGAUUGUAACAUUGUGUACCAACUGAUCGCUUUGACGUCGGUUAUGAGUCGAGCGUGGGGCCACUGUUCACGGGCUUUAACAUACCUGGAGACCAGCGAAGGUUUCUCAGCGUCCGAGCGGGAACAACUUGAACAAGUGUCUCUCUGUCUCUUCUCGAAAAAUGUGCCCAAAAAAAAUAAGGUUGAAAACGCUGUUUGUCUUGGCUGUGGGAUAACUCUACCUGAUGGAUCGACCUUAUGUCCUACUUGUGGAGUUCGCUAUCCAUUGUGCGUUGCAUCGGGAGCGGUGAUUACGGAUACGGAGCGCGCCUGGCGAUGUGGUCAAUGUAGGCAUUCGGCUAUUCGAGGCGAGGUGUUGUCGUUUACGAACUGCCCUUUGUGUCAUUUUCCGAAGCAAAACGGUUCAACGUGUACUGAAGGAGAGUCGUAAAACACAAGGCGAUCAACACCUAUAGGGCACCAGAUUCCGUUUCAAAAAAAUAAGAAGCUCCAUUGAUUACUUGGAUUUAAUUUUGUCAAAUAAAAAGAGGUUUGGUUAUUUCAUUACCAAGUCUGUAUAUGAUGAUAUCUUUUUCUUUUUUUAUAAAUAAUAACGACUAUACCAAAAUAAACAACCAUCGUACGUGCUUCUUUCGUAAAUACUCGCUGUUGUUUUAGUGCAACUCGCAAAACACGGAAGAAAACUGUUUGUAACUGAGGUACUCCGUGAACUGAUGUUUACAAAACCAUAUUAACAUUGUUAGACAGUUUUCAACUAAUGAAUUUUCAAAUGACAACUCUUACACAAGAAUCAGACAAGGCCUCAUUGUUGACUAUGGUGGCAACAAAGGGGUACAAUGAGAUCAAUUGAACAGAUUCAGAGUAAAUUUAUUUCGUGGAUCCCAAAGCUUUAGAAGGAGUCGUGGCCAGCUAAUUCUUGGUUCUAAGACAUUGAAUAUCAAGAGAUUUCAGCACGACGGAUUUGGGAAAUUUCAUUUUUAAUACAAAUGUGACUUCAUCGAAAGGCCAGCUUUAAUGAACUGACGUUAUUCCGGUAUAUCCAGAGGCAGCGAUCUUUGGAACAUCGAAAAUAUUAACAAAAAUAAAUACCCAUCAAAGGUAAUUGCCAGUAAUGGGUAUUUGCUGGGAAAAUGGGCAGGUGUCACAUCAUCGAUGCCACUGCACAGUUAAAACCUAAA